UACAAAAACCAUCGGUUCUUGCUUGUAUUGCUGUGUUUUGUUUGACGUAGCUGAACUUCAGCACAGUAUGCUACGAGCAGCUCAUGUUAGCUCUCUUUCUUGGUUGUUUACCAGCUAGCAGUGGCUAUCUAGCAUCACCACCAGCUAGCUUUGAAGGGAGGUUAUUGCAAGAUCCUUGCAAACUAAUAAUGGCAAGUGAUAUUCCAGCUGAAGACUACCCCCUCGAAAUUAAGGAAUAUCUCACAGGCUUCGAGUCGUCAGUCAGCUCUGUCAAAACUAUGCUGCAGACUUUAAUGUCAAUAUCCAGGAAUGAUCUGGAAAAGCUGGAUCCUUUGGAGCAAGCCAAGUUGGACCUGAUGUCUGCCUACACCCUCAAUUCACUCUUCUGGAUGUACCUGGUGACUCAAGGAGUAAAUCCCAGAGAGCAUGGAAUCAAACAGGAACUGGAGCGAAUAAGAACAUACAUGAACAGAGUGAAGGAGAUCACAGACAAGAAGAAAGCUGCACGUCUGGAUAAGGGGGCAGCAGCGCGCUUCGUCAGGAAUGCCCUCUACGAUGCAGAGGAAGGAGGUUCCAAAAAAGGAGCAGAGUCCAAGUCCAAGAAAGCAGCUAGCACACCGGCUGACACACCAGAGCCAAAGCGUUCAAAGCACAGUUGAAGAAAAAGAAGAACUUUAUAGUCUGGUCACAUUACAACCCAUAUUACAUCUUAUAUUUCCUGCUUUUUGGCAGCAAAGAACAGAGUUGAUACCUUCAGGGACCAUGUCUGUUAAGGCCAGUGCUACACAAAGUAACUUAUUAGGCUACCUUACAAGAUAUGAUACAUGACAACAGUAACUGAUAUGCCACAAAGCAAAAAUACCUCUGAGACAGCUUCUUGAGUCCAGAGUUUAACAAAUACUGUUCUUUAGGAGUCUAAUAUUACAACAUUUUAUCAGUAAGUUGUUCAUUAACCUGUGUGGUCCCUUGACAGUUACAAAUCAAGUGCUGAGUGGGUGUUUAGUGCUUACUCAGAGACAUAAGUGGAGUUUUAAAUAUGUCCAUCCAGACAGUGGACAGUCUCACACUGUCACUCUGAAGCUGUUCAUGAAAAUGUAUCACAUUCAAGACUGUAAGAUGCAGAUACAUGAGAAAGAAUAAUUUCUCUGUACAUUGAAAAUGUGAUUCCAUGAAUCACUUAUGCAUAUGUUUGAGUAGCCGUAUGCCUUUUUGCUGCAUACCCUUUUUUUUUUUAUUAUUGAUAAAUGGAUUUGGGCUGUAUUUUGCUCUCAGUGUUGACUUUAGUAUAAAAAUGCUCAUUAACUCUAUUUUGAGUAUUUAA